AUGGGGUCUGGCGAGGCUAAGAAGUUUCGUGCGCAGUUUGGCUCGGCGGGCCGGCACGGCGACUCGUUCUGGAAGGAGGAGCAGGACAACAUCGGCAUGAAGCUGCUCAAGGGGAUGGGAUGGGACGCGGGCCAGGGCCUCGGCAAGAACGGGCAGGGCAUGGCCACCGCUGUCAAGCAGAUCCGCAAGCAGGACAACCGCGGCAUCGGCGCGACGGCGGCGACGCGGGACGAGGCGUUCAAGGCGUCACAGGACCUCUUCAACGGCGUGCUCGCGCGACUCAACGGGAAGGGGGACGACGCCUCCGCCGCGGGCGGGCUGGGAGGCAGCGAGACCACCAUCAAGGGCUCAAUCGCGAAGCGGCAGCUGGCCGGCCGCUUCCGGCGCGCCAAGGACACCUCUAUGGCGUCCGCCAGCGACCUCGCCGCCAUCUUUGGCCGCGCGCCGAGCAAGGAGGGCGGGGCCGCCGCCGGCGACGUCUCCUCCGCAGCGCCCGGCGCCGCCAUGUUUGCUGAGCAGCAGGCCGCCGCCGCAUACUCCGGCCGGGUCGGACUCGGCGGUGGCGGGUACCGCAGCGCCGGAGGAGGAGGCGGCGGCAGCUGGGGCAAGGAGGCGCGGAAGGCCAAGAGGAAGGAGGAGAAGCGGCUGGAACGCAAGGCGGCCAAGAAGGCGGCCAAGAAGGCGGCGGCGGGCGAGGCGGCGCCCACGGCGAAGCCGGGGGAUGCGGACGCGGCUGAGAAGAGGAGCAAGAAGAAGCGCGAGGGCGAGGCCGCGACCGAUGCCGACGAGGCAGCCCGCGCCGCCAAGAAGUCCAAGCGCGAGCGUGCCGGAGGAGCGAAAACAAAGAAGAGAAAGGAGUGCCCCCUAUCGUAA